UGUACGAGUACGAGUAUUUUAUUCGGACGAUUUCAUUACCAUUGCCAUUCCGCAGUUUGUUGAAUCGUGUCGUUGUGUUGUGCUAUGUGAAAACAGUGUACAUAGAUGUUGACUCUAGUCUCACAAUCAGUCUCUUUAUUUCUGUAGUCAUAAAGUAUUCGUUAUUCUUAAUUUUUUAUUUCGGUAAACAUGGUGCUAACUAAAGGAAUUUUCAUCGUCGCCGCAAAACGUACGCCUUUCGGUACCUAUGGCGGUAAAUUUGUCAAAACUUCGGCCACCGAUUUAGGCGAAGUAGCUGCCAAAGCUGCUUUGGCCGCUGGUAACGUUAAUCCUGAAAUAAUCGAUCAUGUAAUUUUUGGAAAUGGACGAUUCACCUCUCCACACAUAACAUUCCUAGCCAGACACGUAGCAUUACGAGCUGGAAUACCGAUCGAAAAGCCUGCUUAUGGUCUUAAUCGUUUAUGCGGUUCAGGAUUCCAGUCAAUCGUUAGUGGAUCUCAGAGCAUACUAGUCGGCGAAUCCAAAGUAGUGUUGGCUGGAGGCGUUGAUAACAUGAGCCAGGCACCUUUUGUAGUUCGUAAUUUUCGAUCCGGUGCCCCUCUUGGAACUAGUAUCCAAUUCGAAGACUCCCUAUGGGCCGGUUUUACCGACUCGUAUUGUAAAUUACCGAUGGCCAUGACAGCUGAGAAACUCGGCGCUAAGUUCAACAUUAGUCGCGAACAAGUUGAUAAAUAUGGUUUACGAUCGCAGCAGAUGUGGAAGAAAGCUGCCGAUAGUGGAGUUUUCGAUCAAGAAAUAGCCCCGGUCAAAGUUAUGGUUAAAAGAAAAGAAGAAGAAGUGAAAUUAGACGAACAUCCCAGACCUCAGACUACCAUCGAAGGGCUCAACAAAUUACCGCCGAUUUUCCAGAAAGAUGGUCUCGUGACUGCUGGCACUGCUUCGGGUAUUUGCGAUGGAGCUGGAGCUGUGAUCGUAGCCAGCGAACAAGCUGUCAGCGAAUAUAAACUGACCCCAUUAGCUAGAUUAGUUGGCUACACUGUGGUCGGUGUUGAUCCAUCGAUUAUGGGUAUCGGACCUUCUCCAGCCAUCAAACAACUGCUUAAAGAAGCUGGAAAAUCUUUAGAUGAUAUCGAUAUCGUUGAAAUUAACGAAGCUUUCGCAGCCCAAGUAUUAGCCUGCGCUAAAGACCUAAACUUGGAUAUCAAUAAAUUAAAUCUGAAUGGUGGCGCUAUCGCUCUUGGACACCCGUUAGGUGCAUCCGGAUCUCGUAUUACUGCCCAUAUAGUUCACGAAUUGAGGAGAACGAAUAAAAAACUGGGAAUUGGAUCAGCUUGUAUUGGAGGAGGACAAGGUAUCGCCCUUUUGUUGGAAAAAUGCUAAGCGUUUGUGUUGAAUUCAUCAUGGACAGAUCGACGAGAAGAGAAGACUGAAAAUUCCCUCCUUUGAACCCCUUACUUUCCAGAUGGGAAAAAUUUCAACUCGUUAAACGAGAAUCCCAUAUCAUAUUGUUAGAUAUUUUUCAUUGUAUCAUAAUUUUCAUAUAAAUCGGAUUAUUUUUAGUAUCGAGAAACGAUAAAUGAAUUUUUUUGAA